AUGGCGGAUGACAUUGAUAUAGAAGAGCAUGAUAUCCUGAAUAAUCCUCGUAUAACCGACAUGUACCUACAGCUGUCCCAUAUCAAGACUGAACCUGUUGACUAUGAAGCUCUGAAGUUAGUUAUGUCAAGCUCUGUCCCAUCUCCCAACUCUCUUGUAACCUCAUCAAUAUUGUUAUCAGCCCUUUUUAUAUCUCCAUUGCAGGGGCUCAGGCCUUUCUUAUGGAUGGUUAAGGAGGAUGGGUCCAGAUUGGAGGGUAUUAACGACUGCAAAUACAUCCGGUACAAACGGCUCAACGUGCCUUCUGAAGCACGGGGUAGCUUGAUAUAACAUUUUUUCCGUCACCCAUCCCGUGAUCGACCCUUGCGAGAGUUGCUUAACAACAACGAUCGCGGGCCGCGGCGCUUAUCCACUGCACCAUCGACCUUCUCUCAUCAGAUCUCUCAUCUAUAUCAUCACGCUAUUAAAUCCAAAAUCCACUUGGGAUUGAUGGGUGCUAUCGAUAGCAGAUGCAGCCGGGCUCAUUAGCUAAACGUCUUUUUCCCUCGCCUUUUGAAGCCUGGAUGAGCUCGAGAUAAUAAAUAUUUGGUCACCCAUCCUAUGGCAAGACCUUGAGAUAGUUCCAUGAUCUCCGCAUUUCAGACUGAAUGCACUAACCACGAUGCCAUUGAACUCAAUAAAUUAUCGUCACCCCGAUUUAAUCAAAAUCUCACAACGUGAACCGAGUCGUAUUUACUGGAGAACCUUGUGGUCUUAUUGUAGGCUAAUUGUCCAAUUUCAAAAUCUAUCGCAAUGUCUUUCAAGGUAUAGCGAUUUGUCGAUUCGUGUUACGUUUGAAGUCGCAACGUAUGACGCUUUCGGAACGUAUGACGGUUUGAAUGACCAAGACACAUCAUAAAAAUUUAUUAAGUCCUCCAACCUCUAAAGAUUCCAAUCGACGAUAUCGUUCUUUAAAUAUGUUUCAAAAAGACGGUACAAUCGCAAUCGCAAGCAUAUGAUGUGUCAAAUUGAAAGGGAUUGCGGUAGAUUCUGAAGUUAGAACACUUAUCUAGAAUUAAUUUUUUAAUAACUAUUAUUUUUGCUCUUCCAAUAGACAAUUACGACGAAUACAGUGGAAUAAGUUAUGAAAUGGCUACAGUUAAAGAAGAACCCAUGGAUGAUGAUCCACCACCAGAAACAGCUGAAGCAUCGGUACAGUCUUCCAGUGCCUCUGUUACAGCUGGUAUUGAACGUAGCAAUAGAAUAAUUCUAGGUAGCAAGCCGUGUCCGAAACGGAAAAAGAUAAAACCUCUGUACGUAUCAUUAGAAAAUUGGGGGGAUAGGUUGGAUAGGAGUCCUUGUUACUGCAAAGAGUGUAUGAUAUUAUUCGCGACAAGAAAUGCUCUGGAUGCUCACAAGAUGAGUGCACAUUCGUUCCUUGUCGCGGUGGAGGCUCCCAAAGAUGACACGCCCCAAGAAGAUUCUCCACAACCGAAUCACAAAUUUUGCAACCAUUGCAACACAUACUUCGAAGACGAUAACAUGUUAAUUCAACAUCUCUACGACUUAAUUCAAGCGAAACAAGCGAAAGUAAAAGAAAAACCACCACAAAUAAACUCCAAACCUAAUCCAAACAAUGAUAACGUCAAUAUUCCAAUUCAAAAUUCCAAUUGUUUAUAUUUAACUUGUAAAAUUUGCUCUUGUUAUUUCAAAACUGUAAAGGAAUAUAAUAGACAUUGCAGCUUAUUGCAUAAAGCGUAUGGAGUUGCGCAUAGGGUCAUGUCAUCACCCGACACUCCUGUAAAAUGUAAAUACUGCGAUCGGACAUCAAAAAAUCCCGCUUUACACAAUACACAUGUUCGGGUAAUCCAUUAUAGUAUAUACUCCAAACCUGGCGUCGACGUUCAGAAGACGAAAAAACUAAUAGUGACUAAAGCCAAAAAUGUUUACGCCAGAAAUAACGUUUACAAAUGUUCCGAUUGCAAUUUAGCAUUUAACAAUAUCCAUUCGGCUAAGGUACAUCAACGUAACGUUCAUGAGAACCACGCUAAAUUGAUGUUAACAAAAAGCAACCCUGUGCCUUUGAAAAGUAGCAAGUGUAACAGAAUAGUUAGUUCGGACACGUGUCCUGUGCCAAAAAAGGUUCUCUUCAAAUGUGACAAAUGCUCUACACAUUUCUUGUCUUGCAUAAAAGCCCUCGUACACAGUAGUCAUGCGGACCACAGCGGACGAUCCAGAGCCGAUUCUUGGACGUGCACAGACUGCAAUCGUGUAUUCAGAAAAGAUAAACAGUUACACCAGUUGCAACAUAAGUACACGAACGAUUUCAAAGUUUACGAACUGCACGCAAACAUAUAUUCGCGUGUGCUCUACCGAUGCGUCGAUUGCGACAUUUACUUUGAAGAGCGGGUCUUCCCAAAACACGCUCAGUUCGGUUGUCAUCUCACCACUAAUGUGGAAUACUGUUCUAUAUGUAAAAUAAACGUGAAUAAUGGCAUCAUACACAAACAAAAACACGCUUCCAGGAAAAUUAUGAAAUCUGACCUCAUUAUAAUUGAUGAUUUCGUGCAUCAAUCUCAAACUAAUCAGAGCGUCGACAGGAAAAUUCCACAAUCUUAUUUUGUGAAAACGGAACCAAAACCUGAUUUGAAGAGGAGGAAUGUAGAAUUCCCGGAACCGAUACCGAAAAAGAAGAUGGCGGGGUCUCCUACGCCUUCAAAAGGAGUUGUAGACACAAACGCAGUGACAAGUGUACAACGCUAUAAGACUAAAAGGGAUGAAUUAUACUAUUGUAGCGUUUGCAAAUCGUUUGUGAGAAAUUUGAGGAAAAGAGAAUACCAUAUCUCAAAUAAUUGUGAACCCACCAAAGGCGAUUUUCUGGUUUUGUGUUACUGUCUCACUUGUGGACUUAAAUUCAGUUGCACAUCACAAUUGAGACUCCACAAACAGGAGCACAUGAAAAAUAACGUUUUCUAUAAAAACUAUAAAUUUAUCUGUAUCAGAACUCUGAAACCGUGUAAUCCACCAUUACCGGACUUCAAUAAAUGCAAAAAUUGUAAAGUUAAUUAUAUAAAUAAUCAUACGUCGUGUACGAAUGUCGCAUCUAAAACUUGUAAUCUCUGUAAUAAGACUUUUACUGCUGUAGCUCAUCGGCUGCAUAUGCUUCAUCAUAAAAUCAUGGAUCCAAAAUCGAAUAUCGAAUCCACGCUCGAAAUGAAGUAUAGGAUGCUGAAGCCCACUUGGAACAUAUUGUAUAACUGCAAAGUGUGUGACGUCACCACUGACUCUUACGAUAACGUUAUCGAUCAUUGCCAAAAGCAUUACAAUAAAAUGGAGAGUUAUAACGUCACUAUACAUAAUUGCGAUGUGUGCGUUCUUAAUUUUGAAGAGAAAUGCUACAAACGCCACAUGGAGUUACAUGAAAAUCAAACUAUAGACAGGGAUUCGUUUACGAUUCUCAGUUACGACUACUUUACCAUGUUGACGAAUGAUUGGUUGAAAAUAUUCGAUCCUUUACCCAAAGAGCAGAUGAGACAAAUUUUAAGUCACAGCAUUUAUUCUACGCGAAUUGUCAAGAUGACAGUGCUCCAGAAUGGCCCCCCAGAAUAUACCAUGUACCAAUGUCUGAGGUGCACUAAAUUCGUUGAGAACGAGGACGUGUCCUAUCACACAGCUCUUAACAAAUGCAAAGAAAGUCCACACGGACAAAGGUGUAUUUUGUGCCGUUUCAUUUUCGCCAGCAAUAAAGCCAAGAUUAAUCAUAUGCUCGUUCAUAAGAAACAACAUGUUAUGGCGAGCUCGUUUAGAAUAGUAGCGUUUAAUCAUCCAUGUGACGCACAUUACAACUCGGUUCUGAAAAGUAACUCUAAAAUAAAGAAAACCACCAAACCAACCACCGGGACGGUGAAAUCUUUAGCUGUAACUUCAAGCUUGAAUCCUCGCUUCAGGAAGCCUCGAUACGUAUAUUAUCAAUGUCAGAAAUGUUACUGUUGCAUAUCCAACUCUCGUUAUUUGAAGCAUGUGUGCAUAUCUGAAGACAGCACGCGCUUAUGUCGCGAAUGUAAUUUCGUUUUCAGUAACUCCGGAUAUCAAAUGCACUAUCAUCGGAGACAUGUGUUAAUGAAAAUGACGUCGGACGACGUUUUGGUUCGGCCUUUUAACAAUGAUAUCAAACCGGGCGAAUGGAGAGUCAGUUUGACGGACUGCUCUAAGUGUUGCACGAAAUUUCCUUCGCAUUUAAUAAAGAAUCAUAAGUGUAUUAAGAAGCUGGAGAAAAAUAAGUAUCAAAUCAAGAACCCAGAUCCGAUACCGACUAUGACUUUGUACAGGUGUCCAGGAUGUAAGAUAGUGUUCUCUGACAAACUGAUCUUGACCAAACACGAGAAAUCCUGCAUAUUGUACAAUACGAAAGCAAAAACGAACAGGGUUGAUAAGAAAAAAGAAUUAAUCUAUAAAUGUAGCCGAUGUGAUGUGUACAUGUUGAAUGGACAAAUCGUGAAAUAUCACCAGAUGCUUAAUCACAAAGACUCUGACGUCGUCCAACGUUGCAAGUUCUGUAAAUGGAGGUUCUCGGUAAAGUAUUUAAACAGACACAUUUCUGUACACCAUAAGAACUCGAAAUUGACACCGAAAGACUUUAACGUCGUUGAAAUUGACGAAAGAAAACCACCAACGAAAACGUACAAUGAUAGAAACGAGCGUCAAAUGCGACGUAACCAAAUGGAAAACGUUAAAGAAGUGGAAGAAUCUGAAGCGGAAUAUAGCAAUGAAAACUCUAACAUAGAUAACAAAGAUCACAAUAUAAGUCGGGGCUUAGAAAAGACCGAAGUGAACAGAUCUUUAUUAAGAUCAAUUGAAAGCAAAUAUAGACAUUAUGAAAACACGCUAUUCCGAUGCCCUAAAUGUGAUAUUCAUUACUUGCAUAUAAGAUCCUUGACGAAUCAUAUACAGUGUAAGCACAGAGUGGUGUUUGCCCUAGAAAACUGUCCUACGUGUGGUCUUAAAUUUGGUACGAAAUCACUUAAAAAACAUAUACUUUCUCAUGAACGUGAUACAGUUUUAGAUAUCGUAACACCAAAAGAACUUCAAACAAUAGAGCAUGAAUCCAAACUAGAUGAAAUAGCCACUACGUCGAAGAUCAACGAAAGCGUUGUGUCACAGAGUGUCGAUGAGGAGGAAACGACUGAACCAGAAGAUGAAGAAACUUUAGCACCGGAAAAUGAAACUGUACCUGAUCCUCAUGGUACUCAAACAUUGCGUAACGAUCCAUCGCCUUCUAAAACGUAUACACACAAAAUAUACAAAUGCAAAGAAUGCAAUGUAUACUUCGUGGCCCAGAAUACUUGUUAUAUUCAUAUGUUACGUCACACACCAAUAGAUCCUAAGGAAUACAUCGAAUGUAAACUUUGUAAUCUACCUUUCAAAAUCACGGCGUUAAGCGUUCAUAUUAAAAAACAUCAUAAUAAAGAUUUUAAUUUAGACGAAGUCUUAGUAGAAGAGUAUAGUAAAGAGAAUGAGAGAGGUCCCAAAAUUGAAAUCUAUUACGCUAUAGAUAGAGUACAAUCUAGAUUGGUGAGUACUACUUGUGACGAACCAGGUAGCACUACUGCAAUGGACAAGGACAAUCCAGCUUCUAAAACGUGUGACGAUUCUGUCGAUACUAGUGUUGAAGGAUGUGACGUAACGGUAGACGUACAUCCUACCUCCAUGGGUGACGAAGGUUUAGAUAGUGAAAAUGUACAAGAGAAGGCUGCUAAGGAAAGCAAUCAAAGCAAAUCGGGUGAUGAAAUACACGACAGUAACACUCCUAAGGAAUUAAACGAGAACUUCGACCGUUCAGCUAACGAAGAGGCAUGUGAAAGAAAAACCAUUGACGAAUCAAUCCAUACAAACGAAGGCGAAAGUUUAGACAGCGUAAAUAACCAAGAAGGCAACAGAAAACACAAAUGCAGAUUCUGCGACGAGAUAUUCAACAGUAACACUUCUAAAGAAUUCCACGAGAGUCUAGACCAUUUAGAUGUUGAGAAGGCGUGUGAGAUAUGCAAGUUAUCUUUUAACACGUCCAUACUAAAUGAGUUACAUUUAAAUAUCAGAAAUGAUACUUUUCAGUGUUGCCUGUGUCGAGAGACACUUGACGUUCGGGAUAUGACUGAUCACGCUAAGAUACAUUCUGUGUAAGUGAAAGCUUGCUUGGUUGAUUCGGUUUUUUUUUAUAAAUAUAGUUUAAUAAAACCUCCAUGAAGAUCGUAAGAAGGGAUGAGAUUAUCUAUUUUAUUACUGUCUCCUUCAGUCGUCGUGAUUGCCUUAAAAGUCAAGUAUCCGAAUUAGAUUUUUUUUUUUUACCAAAUUGCUAAGAAAUUUAUCCUCCUGAGUCAGUACGUCAGAGUCACAUUAGGGGCCGUCCAUUAAUCACGUGAAGCUCAAAAGGGGGGAGGGGGCUCGUCUAAAAUCGCGAAAUAUUACAAGGGGAAGGAGGGGUGUAGUAGUUUAUCACGUAUCAUAUUUUUUUUCUCAAACGCGUAAUUACUAAACCGACAAGCGGCAUUAAAAAUUAAGAUUUUUUCAUACGUACUAAAAAUACAUUUGUGGAGAGGGGAUAGUCUUAAACUUCACCGUGUAUCACCAAGGGAGUGGGGGGAUUAAAAGUGCUGAAAAAAAUAUCACGUGAUUAACGGCCGCUUAGUUGUAUUUUACUGUGCGUUUGCGACCAAUAUUGCACUCUUGACCUAAUUGUAACUUUAGUGUUCUAAUUGAAGGUCACUGACUUGUGACCUUUAGUUGGGACACUAGAUGUUUUGCGUUAUUAUUAUCGUCGUGCGACGUAAUUGAGCUUGCUCGUGCGAUCGUGUGUUCGCAAUUAAUCUCGAAAUCUAGAACUAGAUGACGUUAGUUGGGAUGUCAUUAGGCUUAAAAUAUUAUUAAAGUAAUAGUAAUUUCGUUUGUGAUGUUACUUAUGUUGACACACAAUUCUUACACAAUAAAUAAUUUAAAAUUUCCAAUUACAUAUAUACAUAAUUUUAAUUGAGCAAAAUACUUUUGCUCGACUACUUUCGAAAAUCGAUUACUUAAUACAUUUUUUUGCAGUUUCUUUGCAGUAUUCUAUGAAUUUCUUUCCAAAAAGCGCGAUAUAAAGUUCACCUUUGGGCUACCGUUACACUAGCGUCAUCUAGUUGGCGGAAAAUCGAACACAUUCAUUCCGUUAACACCAUCGACGCCUCGAGUGUAUCAUGAUAUAACACUGCUAAGUGAAAACUAUGAAAAAUGCGCGUAGACAUGACUAUAUUUUUCCACUCCCACCGUCGUAUUGCUAAAUUUUUAAUAAUUUGAAAAAUAAUAUGCUGCGGAAAGCUUUUAUUAUUUAUAGUUUGUGUGUUUAAAAUUGUAUCAUAUUCAAGAGUACUUUAAAGUAAGUUAGAUGCGAAUAACACAAGAUUAAUCCCUUGCCAUAUUAUAUGUUUACCUUAAUACUCGUUUUCAUUGGUGAAAAUAUAACUGGCUAAUGAAAGUAGAUGACGCAAUCGUUGUACAGUCAACAAAACGUAAGUUUAUGUCGAGUUGACUCGAUUUUAAACCUUGUAACAUUGAGGGUAAAUGUGAGAAACCAUUGCAGAAAUUUGACAUUUGUAACCUGCGUGACGUUAACCGUGUACCUUCUACAGUAAUAAUGUUCUAAUGUAUGCGUUAUUAUCAUAAUUGAUUCAGCUAAGUUUGGGGUUCUUUUUUAUAUUUAAUGGCGUUGCCCUUUGGUAGUGAAAGUCAAAGUUAAAAAACUUAUGGCCGUAGAUUUACUUUUUUUCUUAACUUUAAUGGCACUUUGCGUCACCACAUUACUGCCAACUUCACGUAGGAGACCAUUACACGAUUUAAAUACAUUGAUUCAGAUAAUAUAUCUAUAGUUAUGACAGUUGUCACUUGUUCAUACGGUAGUCGAAUGUUAUUUAAUACUUCAAUUUUCCUGAUU